GUUGAGUAAAAACACGUUACAUUUGCCUAUAAAGCAUUUGGCCUCUCCCCUGUUAAUAGUCAGCAAGCAUUACUACCUUUGUUUUUGAAUCUAGGAGCAAAGAUGGUCUCUAACAAUCAACUCUUUCACCUCUUUUUGUUUCUUUGUUUUUUCCAGAUUACUUGUUUGCAUGCCCAACUCUGCAUUCAAGAACAGACCUCUGCAUUGCUCCAAUUUAAGCAACAAUUUUCCUUCUUUAAAGCUGCUUCCGACGGUAUCUGUGCUUUUUACGGAAUCCAUUCUUACCCGAAGAUGGAGUCGUGGAAGGAGGGUUCUGAUUGUUGCUCAUGGGAUGGGGUCGAGUGUGACAACAACACAAGUCAAGUAAUUGGCCUCGACCUCAGUUGCAGCUGGCUCAACGGCACCAUCCACCCCAAUAGCACCAUCUUCUACUACUUUCCUCACCUCCAAAGCCUCAACCUCGCUUUCAAUCACUUUGGUAUGUCUCGAAUCUCAUCUGAAUUUAGUCGAUUCACCAGAUUGACACACCUCAACCUCUCUUACUCUAGUUUUUCUGGCAAAGUCCCUAUUGAAGUCUCCUUUCUGAGCAAAUUGAUCUCGCUUGAUCUCUCGAACAACUAUGGUUUGUGGUUGGAAGAACUGGGAUUUGAAUUACUUGUUCAAAACUUAACCAAGGUAAGAGAACUUAAUCUUGGAUAUGUAAACAUAUCUUCAGUGGUUUCGAAUUCCUUGCUCAAUCUGACUUCUUUAACACUUCUCGAUCUUUCUUUUUGUGGAUUGCUUGGAAAAUUUCCUGACGGAAUAUUCCAUUUACCACAUCUGAAUGAGCUGAUUAUAAGGUAUAAUCUUGCUCUCACUGGUUAUUUUCCCGAGUUUAUAAACUCGAGCAGUCCUCUCCAGUACUUGGACCUUUCACCCACUAAUUUCUCUGGAGAACUACCCGACUCAAUUGGGAAUUUGAAGUCCUUGAAAGUGUUGUAUGCCUCUAAUUGUAAAUUUUAUGGAUCCAUCCCUACGUCGCUCGGAAACCUUACGGAAAUGACUGAUUUGGACAUCGGAUAUAACAAUUUCACCGGCAUGCUCCCAUCUUCACUUUCAAACCUUGGAAAUCUCGUCUACUUGGCAGUUUCACGUAAUAAUUUUGAAGGGAUAAUUUCGGAUUUUUUACCCAACCGUAAAAAUCUUCUUUAUUUAUAUGCUGGUUCAAAUAACUUCAGCGGUCCAGUCCCAUCUUUGGUUGCAAACCUAACAAAACUUGUUGAGUUAGUUUUGAAGAAUAAUCAGCUAAGAGGACCUCUUCCAUCACAAAUAAUUGGACUUCCAAAUCUAGUGUGGUUAAGUUUAGCUCAUAACUUAAUCAACGGUACAAUUCCAUCUUGGGUUUUCAGCUUACCUGUAUUGGAUUACUUCAACAUCAGUAAUAACAAAUUGACUGGCCAUGUAAAAGAGUUCAAAUCCACUCAUUUAACUGUUGUUGAUUUGAGCAAUAACAACCUACAUGGUAGGUUUCCAAGUUCAACUUUCCAACUCGUGAGCCUUACUCAUCUCAUUCUUUCAUCAAAUAACUUCAGUGGUGAGCUAGACAUGCUCUGUCAUGCAGUUUUCCUUCAAUUACUUGUCCUGUCUAGUAAUAGCUUUAAUGGUUCUAUUCCACAAUGUUUAGGAAACUUCAGCACAAAUUUCUCUGUGCUCGAUCUGCGGAAGAAUAAUUUUUCUGGCACUAUUCCUAAUACAUUUGUAAAGGGAAAUUCCUUCAAAAUUAUCAACCUUAAUGGAAAUGGAUUUGAGGGUACAGUACCAAAAUCUCUAGUCAAUUGCAAAAUGCUACGAGUGGUAGAUCUUGGAUGUAACAAGUUCUCUGACAAAUUUCCAUUUUGGUUGGAAAAACUACGCUGGCUGCAAGUUCUAAGUUUGAGAUCUAACAAAUUCCAUGGACCUAUGCCAACUUCCGAAGCCAAAUUUCCCUUCCUUAACUUGAGAGUUAUGGAUUUGUCAGACAAUUAUUUUACUGGUCCACUGCCAAAAACAUAUUUCAAGAAUUUCAAUGCAAUGAUGAAUGUCAUAGAAGCCAAUUUUAAAUUGCAAUACAUAGAGAACUCUGGUUUUGAUUCUUUAUAUCAUUAUAUAUAUCAUUAUCAUGAUUGUUUGACUAUGGUAAUCAAAGGAUCAACCAUAGAAAUGGAAAAAGUCCUAACCAUUUUCACUGUAAUUGAUUUAUCAAAAAACAAUUUUGAAGGUCAGAUUCCACAGAUCAUUGGAAAGUUAAAUUCAAUCAGAGGACUCAUCUAA